AAGAAAGCCAAGAGAUGAAUUCUGAUGUAGAGAUGAAGGAGGAUGGAGAAGAAGGUUCAGAAGAAGGAUCUGAACGCUCAUCAUCUGACGGCUCCGACGAUGAUGAGGAGCAAGAAGUAGCUUUGAUGCCUUUGACUCGGGAGGGACAUCGUGUCCUUCCAGGUGUCACAGCGCAUUCUAUCUUAGAACAUCAACCUAUGGGGACAUUUGUGUACGAGAACUGCUUCGUUGAGAAGAAGAUGGAAGCAAAUGGAGGUGCUGAAAAACAAAGUACAACAAGUACUGUUGUCGAAGUAGCUCGCGAACAGUGCCGCAGAUUGAAGACUGCAGCCAAGACGGGUGAUGAAUACUCUUCCGGCAGUACCUAUUGGAUUGGAGCCGAGGAUGAGCCCCGUUGCGUCUUAGAGCGUCUUGCGUUGGAGAUUUUUCAUCAAUACACGAAGAAAAACACGGCUCAAGGUGUCCACAUUGCUUCGAAAUUUAUGACCGAGAAUGAGGACGGAAGUCCUUAUGGACGAGGCGGUAAUGAAGAUGAUGAUGAUGAUGAUGAUGAUGAGUUCGUUUGUCGUCCUUGUGAAGAUAUUCAAACUUUUGAUGACUGUAAGGAGGUGGUCGAUGAGCAGAUGAACAAAAAUAUUGAGACAACUGAUGGUCUCGAUAUUUUUGGAGGUGGAAAUAAUGGAGGGGGUGGAUUUCAAUGGCGCCGACGCGCUCCGGC